AUAGAAUGUCAAAUAGUGUGUCAUUUUUUGGUUUAGGGGAGCGAUGUUUUUAGUUUUCUCAAAAUUUUGCAAUUAUUCCUCAAAUUAUCCCCCCAGUUUUAUGUAUUAUGAAUAGAUACUCAUACAACACAGAUUCUACGUAUCAGGAGCACCAGAGUGUUAUGGGAAGUGAGAACAUAAUGGAUGAACUGGCAUCGUUGAUUCGCACAGACAUUCCGGAAGGACGUCAGAACCUGAAGGAGAGUUUCACAAAUCUCGAGAGAGUAGCUGAAUAUUGUGAGGACACGUACUACAGGUCAGAGAACAAGAAGGCUGCUCUCGAAGAGACGAAGAACUACACGACUCAGUCUCUGGCCAGUGUUGCAUAUCAAAUCAAUACACUGGCCUACAAUUACCUCCAAUUGCUGGAUCUGCAAGCGCAACAAUUAGCUGAAAUGGAAUCACAAAUGAAUCACAUUGCACAAACUGUCACUAUUCACAAGGAAAAGGUGGCCAGGAGGGAAAUUGGGGUACUAACGGCCAAUAAAGUUAAUGCUCGUCAGUACAAAAUUGUAGCUCCUAUGAAUCCCGAGAAACCUAUUAAGUACGUCCGGAAGCAGAUUGAUUACUCGCUGCUGGACGAAGUUGGCCAUGGAGUUGCUUCAGCUCAUGCUGCCAUGAAGCAGAAGCACCGUGGUUCCAGCCAGAGUUCCAUCCAGUCUGUCGGGGUUACUUCUGUGGGACCUCCGCCAACCACGAAGCCCCCGACGCCUCCGCAAAUGUCCCGGGGGAACACUGGGACCCUCGGGAAGUCAGCCGGAAGCACUGGGACUCUUGGAAAGGGUUCUCGUGAGUACAGAACGCCUCCGGUUGUCGUUCCUCCUCAGGUUCCGUCUCAUUACGCUCCCAAUUACCCAGUAGGUCAUCCCAGAAGGGCUCCCACAGAACGUGGACCCGGCUACAGUGCCCUGCCAAUGCCACCGAGUCAGCAAAUUGCCACGCACAUUCAUGCUCCGCAAAUCGGGAUGGUCCAUCCAAUGCCAGCUCCUCCGUCUUCGGUGUUUGACAACAGGGACAGCAUGCCACCGCCUCCCUCACCACUAACUAUAACUCAUCACAUGCCAGAUCAUGGACAUACGGCCUCUGGGCACAUUGGAAUGCAUACCCUGAGUCGCAAUAGACCUGGUUCACAAUCGCCACCUUUGCCACCUCCUCCUCCUCCCGAGGAGACCGAACAUUCGGACUUUGGCCGUCCACGGACAUCCCAGGGGCCUCUAGCGCCCAUUGUGCCCGAUGAUCAAAAUCUUCCUGGAUGGGUGCCGAAGAAUUACAUUGAAAAAGUUGUUGCUAUUUACGAUUACUACGCUGACAAAGAUGAUGAGCUGAGCUUCCAGGAAAGUUCUGUGCUUUAUGUGCUCAAGAAGAACGAUGACGGAUGGUGGGAGGGAGUUAUGGAUGGUGUUACUGGAUUAUUUCCUGGAAAUUAUGUGGAGCCUUGUGUUUAAGUUAUAGAAUUUUUAUUUGGAAAAAAAAGAGAUAUUUACACAUUGAUUUACGGAUCGCUAUUGCCGUUUUUUCGUUGCAAUCAGUACAUGAAUAUGGAAACGUUUUUAUAAAAAAAAUUAUCGUCAUUAUAUUUUCACUUUCUGGUAUUACCUACAGAACGCUAAAUGUACGUAAAAACUAUGCGGAUGCAGUUUUAUGAAAAAAAUCUAAUUGCUGUCAUAUUUUUCAUAGAAAAAAGUUAAUUUAAUAUGCUAAGAAAAAUUUUCGUGGAUAUUUUUGUGCUGUAAAUUAAUAACUCUUUUUGCACUAUUAGACAAAUUUGUGCGGAAGUGAAAAAAUAAAUGCAUAGAAUAUGCUCGAGGACUUAAUAUAUUUAAUACUUUAGAAUUGGUGUAGGAAGAGCAGACAAGCUAUAUCAAAAAAAAAAAAUAAAUGAAUUAAGAGGACAAAAAUCCUCUUUUAGAGCUGAAGAAGGGUGUAGGCGAUAUGGAUUAAAUUAAACUACAUUAUAUUAUUAAUGUAUUAUUAUUCAAUUUUAUUCACUAUAUAUAUUUUCUACAUAAUACUAGACUGUAUUAUUCUAUAAAGAAUUGUAUUUAGAUAAAUACUUAUCAUUUAUUCUAUAUAGACAUUUUCAAUUGGAUGGGGAGGAAUGGGGAAAAAACAGAGGGAGGUAAUUUAAUUAAUAUAAUGUCCACAAAACCGACAGAGAGGGAGCUUCUCUUUUUCUUCAAUACAGCAAUUUAUGUUUGGAGGGUAGAAUGUUUUAGGGGAAAAAAUACUAAUUGAUUUACAAGGAACUCUACUUAGACUUCUAAUUAGAUCCUUAUACAAAUUUUAACAUUUUUCAAUUAAUGAAGUAAUCUACACAGAAAAAGUUGUAUUGUAAAAGUUUGUCAAUUAUAUUUUUGCGAAAAUUUGUCAGAAUGAUCUUGUUGAAUUUUAAAUUGGAUCAAUAUUUCUAGUAAUUUGUAAAAUUGAGGAAAAUCUAUUGCUGAAGAUACACUAAUUUGGACAAGAAGUUGUUCCUAAUCUAAAAAGGUAACCAAUGGAAAAUCAAGGUUAAAAAUUGUAGCAUAAAAGAUUCAUUUCAAUGCAAUUUUGUUAUGUGAUAUUCUAAUCAUAGAAACUUAACUUGGGUUUCAUUAGGGGGUAAUUGGGGUAGGUUCGUACACUGUUAGGGGCAGCUUCGAACACUGGAAUUUUUCAAUAGACGAGACGUAUAGGAGAACGUAGGCCUGGUGCGUACGCAGUGAACUUUUCAUACUGUACUAUUGUUAAUGAAGGUUUUCGAUAUUCAAAGUGGGAGGAUUAGACUAGGAGGUGAAUUCUGAAAUUUAUGAGUUAUUCAAGUGAGAAAUUCACAGAUCUUAGAUCGCCUUUUACGAGUACUUCGUGAAGUUUUCACAUAAAGUAUCAUGUGAAACACUCAUGGUAUCUUAGAAUUUGCAUGAUAAUUUCUGUGAAAGCUUCUUGAAACACUUAGAAAAAUCGAUCUCAGACCGGUGAAUUUAUCAUGUGAUAAACACACCAUGUCAGAAUUCAUACCCAAGGGGUGAAUAAGUGGGUCACAGUGUGCAUCGUGAGCGGCGAUCGGCAAACUUGUGCCGAUAUGGAGAUAAAAAUCGCCAAAUCGGCACUAUUUUGCUAAGAAUUUAACAGUUCUGCACAAUUGGCCUGAAAUCGACAGAUCGGCGUGUUAAUUAAGAAAAAUCGGUACAUCGGCACAAGUUUAGCGUAGAAUCACUAAACUUAAAUGAAGUAAAGCGUUUGUUUAAACUCGUGUAAUAUCCUAAAUUUCCUACAGACAAUUCUAGUGAUAAAAUUUAAUGUACUGUACUGGAAACGCUAAUCUUCUAGACUUACUCGGCAGACCGGUACGAAAUCGACAGAUCGGCACGAGAUCGAUGAAAUGCGUGCGAAAUCGGAAAAUCGACACAAUUUGCAGAUGUGUCGUGAGCCGUGAGCGGCACAGUUAUCUAUCCCUUGGUUCAUAUCUAGGUUUUGGUUCAUCAACAAAUAGAAGACGUAGCGCUAAAUUCAAACUUUAACAAAUAAUUGCACUUAAGACUAGACUCGUAAUACCUUAGGCACACUUAUGACUUAAGCCGUGUGACGACUUAACGUAAUAAUUAUUAUCAAGAUAAUGAUAAGAUUUCAAGUUAUAUUUCCAUCAAUUUUUGACUAAUCUGUCUCUUGGCUUAAUCUAAGAAACAGCUUAGUUAGUGGGAAACUGAUAGGAAUUUAGGCAAAUCAUUAUUUUGUUUAUCAAUACGAUAAGCCGUCUCUUGGCUUAAGUCGUAAGUGUGUCUAAGGUAUUACUUACGAGUCCAAUCCUAAGUGCAAUUAUCGCACUUUCCAUAAUAGUUGAAAUCUAUACCAGCUUUCCCUAAUUUGUUGACAAAAAAAAAGUUUGAUUCAUUUCCUUUUAUAGUAAUUCAAUUUAUAAAUAUUCAUUUAAAUUGAUAAAUAAUUUCAAUUUGUGUGUGUAACACAGAUUGAAUUAUAAAUAUUUGAAUUCAAAUGCAUAUUAAUUAAGAUAAUCAUAAUAUGUCAAUAUUUGCAUUUCCGGCUUACCAAUGAAAUGCCCUUUGGCUUUUAUUAAUCAAUUGGAUAUUUACUAAAUAGAUUAUUUCAUAUGGUUUUUUAAAAAAAAAUCUCCACCAAUGCAAAUAAAGCAAUUUGGGACAGUACAUUUACUCCUAGAAUCAUAUUAAAACUCUUUUAUGUGCUUUUUUUUAGUAUAUAUCUUGGAAAUUUUUUUAUGUAUUCCUGUACUAAAUGGUUACCACAUGUCACUAUAAUUUUCAGGAUUCUAUUUACUAGACCAUAAAAUUGACGAUAAACUUUACAAUGCCAUAAAACCGACAAUUUCAGAAAUAUUGUUUCGCACUAAACGAAAGUAAGAUUGUGAAGAAUCUCAACUAAAAAUUUUAAAGGGACUUAAAGUUAUCGUAUAGUUUAAAAUGACAGAAUAGUUGUUUGAUGCAUUUAAAAAUUUAUAGGUUAAGUUACGUUUCUGUGAUUAGAAUUUUAUGAUUUUUUGAAAAAUUUUAUAUACACAAAAUUGGUCGGAAAUGGAAACUAAGGAGGUUAUUGCUAAUUCUUUUCGCCUUGAAUUUUUAGAAUGGUUUCGAAUUAUCUUUGCAAUUCAAAGAAAGGUGUUGUGGAACUUAAAGAAUUUUGGAUAUCGUACAGAGCAUUUCCAUAUAAAAAUGUUUUGCUUCACUCACGUUCUUCCAUAAUAAUUUGAGAGCGAACGAGCGAACACUAUUUGAAUUAUUCUUGUCGUAAAUAAACAAGUAAUUUGCUAGAACUUUUAAGCAAAUGAAUGGAAUGGAGCAUAUGCUUUUUGAACAAAAAUGCUCUGUACAUAUCGCUUUAUAGCGAUACACAAUAAUUUUUGUUUUUUUGGGAUGUUUUCAAAAUUACGUCUGAAUGUUUAUAAUUUGUAAAUUUAUUUCUUAUGCCCAACGCACAAUCACUUUUGUUUAGUAAACAUGUUUUUGACAUUUCAAUGAGAGUGAGUAAGAUCUAGAUGUAGUCAUCUCGCUCUCUCUCAUAGGAAAUUUUGAAAACAUGUUUACAAACAAAAGUUAUUGUGCGCUGGGUAUUACCGUCUCGAUCAUAGUUUCAAAAACAUAUUUAUAAAACAGAAAUAAUAUGACUUUUUGCCCGUAGCUCCAUAAGUUUUUGUUUGUAAACAUGUUUUCAAAAUUUCCUAUAAGAGAGCGAGAUGACUAGAUUUAUAUUUCAUUCGUUCUCAUUGGAAAUUUUGAAAACAUAUUUUCAAAUAAACUUUUGUUUUGCAAACAUGUUUUCGAAACAGCUUAUUAGAGUGAGCGAGAUGACUAGAUCAGAUCUCUUUCACUCUCACUGAAAUGUCAAAAACAUGUUUACAAAACAGAAGUUAUUGUGCGUACGCCAUUACAUUCAAAUCCUUGUUUACAAAUACAAAAUAUCAUAAAUAGAAAUAGAAUUGGUUCUACUGAUAAUUUUGCAGUAUAUUUUACAAAUUUUUACUUAUCUGUGUAGUAAAUAUAUGUUAUAUUGUAAAAUGCUGAACAACAGUGUUAAAUAUAUAAUUUAUUUUCUGAAAAUAAUCCUAACAGAGCAACAAAUUCAAACUAUCGUAUAGUAAAGAUAACAGAAUAUAAUUCAGAGAGUAACAUUUUCAAUAGCCUAACCAGUAAUCUAUAUAUACAUAAAUUUUUACUAAAAAAAAAAGAUAGAAAAAGUGGAGUGUGAGGAGUUACAAUACAUAAAAAAAAUUGCUUUAUCAAGUUUUUACAAUUAGUACAUAUUUUAUACCUAGUAGCAAAAGAAGCUGAGCAAUAAAUGUCAUAAGGAUAUAAUAAAA